AUGGCCAUCCCCACAGCCAGAACCUAUCCUUCACUACCACCACCCCACUACGGCCCGAGUCUCCACGAAGAGUACCCCUCAAACGCUCCGCCUCCCGAUCCGCGACAUGUCGCCUCCUUCGGGACGUAUUGUCUACUCUGGGAUAGUCCCGAGCAGACCCAUGUCAUUGGGCGCGCGAGUGACUGUGAUAUCAUAUUGCCAGAAGGCUGCGAUCUUGCCAGUGAGAGGCAUUGCGAACUUGGUUGGAGGGGAAGGCAUGUCACUAUACGAGAUUUGACAUCAACGAAUGGUACAUGGGUUAACUACCGACGGCUCUACGACGACGAGAUACAUGUGUUGAACCACGGCGACCUAAUCCACCUCACUCCCGACCCCCUCUUAAGACGAGCACACGAGAGCAAGACUGAGCUCCCCUCCUGGCCCAGCGGUGUAUAUCCACUAGAGUUCCAAAUUCGAUAUCACUCUCGUGAUGACCUGGUUCACCAUGGCCUGUCAUUCGUGGGUUGCGCUGUACGUGAUUGCCUCGAUGGGAUGGAGAGCACUCGUUCGAGACUGCGAGACAUCCGUGCUAAUCUAAUCCCAAGCAAUGGACAAGAGGAAAUGACUCAAACUUACUGCGCUGGACGCGCUAGGCAAACUCUUGAAUCCGACAACCGCCCGCACACGCCCGUCUUCAUCCCACCGCCCGCUCUUCCCUUAGAAGAAACCUGCCCUGCCCUCGCCUUCCCGCCGGGGUCGUAUCUGUCAGUAUCUCCGCACCCCUCUGUAACCUAUCACGAGUUACAUCACGACGAGUUCCACGAUGUCGAGGUCGUGCACGAUCCCGAUGCCCCCCCAAUGGAUCAUCCCGACAUCAUCUAUCGCGGCUUCGUCAAGGUGAAUCGGAAUGCGGAACUCGAAUACGGGCCCGUCCCCCCUGAGAUCAUGCGGUGGUCCCAGCGGUACUGCCUACCGUACGGGCUUCAUCGCGGGUGGAACGAUUUCUCGCCGGUCUUAUACGGCCCACAUCUUCCGGCCUCCUCGGCACAGCCACAUCAUUUCAGUACUGCUGCCGGGUUCUUCAUACCCGUUGAAGCAGGGUUUCCCGCCGAGAAGACGGCCGGCAGCUCUACUAAACGCAAGUCUGAGUUUGAGAGUCGUCAAGACCCGGCUACCUCAAAGCGUCGAAAAACUCGCGCGCAAAGCAAACACAGCACGAGCACAAACGCCCAGAUAGCUAAGCCCGCAACAAGAACACCAAGUCAACCGACGCGGGCCCGGCGCGCAAACCCCUUGCGAGGUCUUGCUAGUUCGAGUGCGAUGGAAGCGGCAAAAGACGAUGCAGACACAUCUUCACGGCCUUCCAAACGGAAGCGCGACACGAUUGGCGCCGCCGACGAGAAGCCGAAGCGACGUGCUCUAGGUGGCCCUGCCUCUGACGAUGCUAUCCCGUCCAAAUCCUCGGGCGUGCAUCGCACAAGUAGCAAGGUUGCUCAGUCGAUGCGUCGAUCUACGCGGCUUCGACGUAAGAUCGUACCAACAGUACAAAAUGACUGA